AUGGCGAAGAAAGGCAAGCUCGAGCCCCUCCGUGCCCAUCCAGACAAGAAGGACACUGCGCUCGAAACCACUGAUGUCGUCCUCGGCGGCGUUGCCAAUGUCAUCGCGCUCACUCCUGUGCCCGGCGUCAAGGAGGCGGCGGAGCUGCUUCUGUCUGUCGUCGAGCUGAUGAAGACGAUCAAAGACAACAAGGAAGCGUUCAAAGAUCUUGUCAGCGACGCCUGGCGUUUCCUCGAGGCCAUUUUCGAAACGACGGAAAGAUUACGAGCGUCUGGAGGGGAAAUACCACCCGACCUUCUCGAUGAUACCGCUGAACUAGUCAGCCAGCUCCGCACGAUUGAAAGUUACUCACAGGACAAGGUCAAGCGGAAUCACAUAAAGCGCAUCAUCUACAGAGACCAUGAUCUGCAAACUCUCCGACAAUAUAGGGAAAGGCUCGUAGUAGUGAAAGACCGCUUCAUCGUUAAGAACACUAUGCAUAUUCGACAUGAUCUGCAUCAGCUAGUCCAGGUGGCUGUCGCUGCGGGCAAGUUCAUGAAGGUUGUGGAUCAGCAGUCAGGGAAUCAGGUCACUCAAGAGGCGACAGAAGUGGUUACAGAGGUCACCACAACGACUUUGACUACUAGUGCAGAAACCGAGACUGCGACAGAGGGGAAACAUGCCCGCUCCAAGUCCAACCCUGAACCAUCCCGUGCACCACGGAAGACCAUUUCGAGGGAGUCAUCCAUCGAGACCAUUUCUUCGGCAUCCUCGAAAGCUAGCUCCAGUCUGGCACACAAUCCGUCUACAGCUGCCCCUCCUCGUUCCCGCCGACAAUCAGCACCUGUGUUGUCUCGCCGCGAGGUUGACUCUGCAUUGGACUCGAGACGCGGCGUUCGGAAAUCGAAAAAUCCAUUUGAGGCCCUCGUUGAGCAGGACGAGGCCUCGCGAUCCCAGAACUACGUGCGCCAAGACGACGCUCAAUAUGAUGGACAGGACGAAUACUAUUCAUCGUACUCCGACACCCGCGCUGCAUCAAAGCCGCCCAGGCGAAACUACCCCGGUUAUGCGAGGGCUCGAUCUCCAGGGAACCAACACUAUGAAGACCACGACGAUUACUACGACGAUUACGACAACUACGAUGAUUAUGACAGUUACGGACAUUACAGUGCUCCUGCAGCUUAUCCAUCUUCGCAUCGGACCUCAACAUAUCACCAAGCCGCGACAUUUCUCAGCGGCGUUGGUAACCAGACCACGACCAUCAUCUCGAACUCCGGGAAUGACUACUCUCGCACAUAUGUCGCACCGAGGAGGGCAAGGCCAGCUCGACACAGAUGGUGA